CCUAACCUCUUGCACAGAAAGAUCACCAACUUCUUUAUAUAUAGAGAAAGAAUUGGGUAGGAAAAAAUUAAAAGAAGUGAUGUCUGAAAUUGUUAUUAACAAUUUAUUUGAGGAGCAUAAUCCUCAACAAAUGGGGUUCAUUCCUUUCCCAACAAACCUAACUUUCCCUUCUUUGGGUUGCAAUAAUCAAUCUUUGAAAGCUUUCACUUCCAUAGCUUCUUCACUUACAUCUGAAAUAUCAUCAGAUUCUACAUCGCAAACCCUACUCACAACAACCACUCCUCAAAAAUCAAAAGAAUACCUCACUCCAAGCGUUCAAGCUGCAACUACUCAAUUCAUAUCCUUGCAUAGAUCAACUAUAAAUCCAUGGGCAAUAUUAGGAGGAGGAGUAGGUGAUCAUUACUUCAAUAAUAAUGAUAAGAGAAGUGGAGUAGUUCAUGAUAAUUAUCAUUUGGGGGUUUGUUCUAGCAUGAAGAUGAAGAAAAUGAAGGGAAGAAAGAAAGUGAGAGAGCCUAGGUUUUGCUUCAAGACACUGAGUGCUGAUGUUGAUGUCUUGGAUGAUGGUUACAAGUGGAGAAAGUAUGGACAAAAAGUUGUAAAGAACACACAACACCCAAGAAGCUAUUACCGUUGCACACAAGAGAAUUGUCGUGUAAAGAAACGUGUGGAGCGUUUAGAGGAAGAUCCAAGGAUGGUAAUAACCACAUAUGAAGGGAGACAUGUACACACUCCAUCAAAUGAUCUUGAAGAAUCUCAAAAUAAUUCUCAAUUUGAGAGUUUCUUAUGGUAGUAUAGUGCAUGCUUCGUUAUUAUAUAUUUCUAUGUAUAUGUUUGUUUUAUGAUUUAAAAACUAGCUAUAUAGGUGUGCUUUGUAGAGAUGAAUCUUCCAAUAAGUAUAGAGAAAAGGAGUGUAAUGUAAUGUAUCUUGACAUGCUGAUUUUUCAUCCCUUCCAAGCAUACUAUAUAUGAUGAGUACCGUUGAUUUUCUA